AUCUUGUUUACGCGAGAUUAUAAAAGCCAACGACAGAUUUUAAACUUGGCUCAGUUCUGAUUCGACUGUAUCCUUCGCGUGCGUGAAUAUAUUUAACAAAAGUGCUGUGUAAGCAUUGCGACUUGUAUAGUGAAAUGAGUGACUAUAAGUAUCAAACAGGGUUUGGGUCAUACUUCUCAUCAGAGGAUCCACGAUGUCCAAACUCGCUUCCUGAAGGGCAGAAUUCCCCACAGAAAUGCGCUUAUGGUCUUUAUGCAGAGCAACUGUCCGGAUCAGCUUUUACAGCCCCUCGUACUGAAAACACGAAAUCGUGGCUCUAUAGAAUCCGUCCAAGUGUAAUACAUGAACCGUUCAAACGAUAUGAAGAAGCUGUGCAUCUAACCCGUAAUUGGGAUGAACAACAUCCAAAUCCAAAUCAGAUGAGAUGGAAUCCCUUCGAAAUUCCAACAUCUGGUAAAAUUGAUUUUGUUCAAGGACUUCAUACAGUCUGUGGUGCUGGAGACGCGCGUAGCAGACAUGGCAUUGCUAUCCAUGUUUAUCUUUGUAACUCGUCGAUGGAAAAUAAAGCGAUGUAUAAUAGCGAUGGUGACUUUCUGAUUGUUCCCCAACAGGGUAUCCUGGAUAUUAAAACCGAGUUCGGCAGGUUAAAAAUUGCACCCAACCAAAUAUGUGUCAUUCAACAGGGGAUAAGAUUUUCGGUGGAUGUAAAUGGACCAACAAGAGGAUACAUUCUGGAAGUAUACGAUAAUCAUUUCAAGUUGCCUGACUUAGGACCAAUAGGAGCAAAUGGAUUGGCCAACCCACGAGAUUUCGAGACACCAACAGCAUGGUUUGAAGAUAAAGAAGUUGAUGAAUAUAAAAUUAUAUCAAAAUUCCAAGGAGCACUUUUCAUUGCAAAACAGAAGCACUCUCCCUUCGAUGUUGUCGCAUGGCACGGAAAUUAUGCACCUUUUAGAUACGACCUUUCUAAGUUCAUGGUUAUCAAUUCAGUAAGCUUCGAUCAUUGUGAUCCCAGCAUUUUCACCGUUUUGACGUGCCCCAGUUCGCGUCCCGGAACAGCAAUUGCCGAUUUCGUUAUAUUUCCUCCACGUUGGUCGGUUCAAGAACAUACGUUCCGACCACCUUAUUACCACCGAAAUUGUAUGAGCGAAUUCAUGGGAUUGAUUCUUGGCAGAUAUGAGGCAAAGGAAAGCGGUUUCCUGCCAGGAGGUGCUUCGUUACAUUCAAUGAUGACCCCACAUGGCCCUGAUCGUAAUUGCUUUGAAGGAGCUUCCAAUGCUGUUUUGAAGGCUGAAAGAAUAGCUGAUGGAACACAGGCUUUCAUGUUUGAAUCAUCUUUAAGCAUGGCUGUAACAAAAUGGGGAGAGGAAACUUGCCAAAAACUUGAUAAAAGUUACUAUGAAUGUUGGCAAUCUCUGCAAAAACAUUUUAAAAUUUCUGAUUAAUAUUAAUACUAAUAACUCACCUAUUAUAAGUACCAAUAAGAGCAUAUUGAAGGAAUGGGCUUGCAUUUGGAGAUCGCCCUUCGUUUUUUUCCUGGAAUGCUUAUCUGAUUUGUCCUUUAAUCUGCAACCUUAAAAUCUUAAAGAAAACCUUUUUUUCCAGUCUUAUAUAUAUUUGCUUUUAUUUUAACACACAACAUAAACGAACCACAAUCCAAUUCUUAACAGUAAUUAUUUCUUUUCUCCAUUCUCACAAUUAUAAUGUAUUUGUAUAUAAACUAUUGCACAAAAAUAUAGUAUGCACUAUGACUUAAUGUUGCAAAUAAAACGGAGACAAAAGUGUC